UGCCCCCUGAUAGGCGGAGCCGCUUGUCAAUCAAAGGAGAGGGGCGGGAGCGCGCGGCGAGUCCGGGCUGCGCGCUGAUUGGCUGGAGCGAGUGUCCGUCAGGGCCGUUGCUAAGGCGGUGCUCGCGGUUAGGCGGGGCCCCGCCGGGCCGUUCUCGCUGAGCGGCGCUGGUGGUGGCGGCCUUAGCAACGGGAAGGCGGGGCUAAGCCUGCGUCCUGCCCAGGCAGCGCUGAUAGGCUGAGAGCCCCGUCAGUCAGCCCCGCGGGAGGCGGGGGGCGGGCGAGGCCGCAGCGGCCUUCCUAUAGGCCCGGACAGCUGUCAGUUAGCUGUGACGUCAGGCGAGGAGGGCGGGACGUAACGGCGGAAGCGGAAGCCGGUGGCGCGGCCCGGACAUGGCGGGACGGACGAACGCGGCCCGGGCCCGGCUGCGGCUCCUGGCGGCGCUGCUGCUGCUGCUGCUGCCGUUGGGGGCGGCGGCGGCGGGGGCGGGGGGCGGCGGCGCGCCGGAGACUGUGGUGGAGCUGCGCGAGGACCGUGCCUGCUAUCAGGCUGCCUCUCACCGCUUCUGCUACACCAACACGCGCGCCCCGCAGUGGCACGACAUCUGGACCAGGGUGCAGAUCCGCGUCAACAGCAGCCGGGGCAUCCGGGUCACCCAGGUGGACAGCGAGGAGGAGCUGAGGGAGCUGGAGGAGUUCAGGGUGUGGAAUUUCCUCUUCUCCUUCCUGAAGGAGAAGCUGAACAACACCAGCAUCGACGUGGAUCUCUAUGGCAAAAAAACCUGCCUGAAGGUCGAGGUGCCGGAGGCCGGCACCACAUACUGCGUCAUGCUGUCCCGGCGGUUUGACCCUAAACUGUUCCUGGUGUUCUUCCUGGGCCUGUUGUUGUUCUUCUGCGGGGAUGUGCUGAGCAGGAGCCAGCUCUUCUAUUACUCAGCCGGGAUAAGCAUUGGCUUGCUGGCCUCGCUGCUCAUCGUCUUCUACGUCAUGUCCAAGGUCAUGCCCAAGAAAAGUCCUGUUUACUUACUUCUGGUAGGAGGCUGGUCCUUUUCCCUCUACCUGCUUCAGCUCAUCUUCAAGAACCUACGGGAGAUCUGCAAGUCCUACUGGCAGUACCUGCUGAGUUACAUGCUGCUCGUGGGCUUGGUGAGCUUCGGCGUGUGCUACCGGUACGGCCCGCUGGAGAACGAGCGCAGCAUCAACCUGCUCUCCUGGACCCUGCAGCUCCUGGGCCUGCUGCUGAUGUACUCGGGCAUCCAGAUCCGCCCCGUGGCCUUGGCCUUGGUGCUCGUAGCCGUCUGCGCCAAGCACCUGGACCACCCCGUGCAGUGGGCCUAUGCUGUCUACAGGAGAGCGCAGAGCGCCCGGCUGGGGCCGAGCCCCCCCCGCCUGCUGACCGAGGAGGAGUACCGCAUCCAGGGCGAGGUGGAGACACGCAAGGCCCUCGAGGAGCUUCGAAGCUAUUGCAGAAGCCCGGAUUUCUCUGCCUGGACCGCAGUGUCCCGCAUCCAGUCUCCCAAGAGGUUUGCUGACUUCGUGGGUGGCGCCUCUCACCUCACCUCCAGAGAGAUUUCUUUCCAUGAGCAGGAGUAUGGCCUGGGUGGCAGCUUAUUUGAGGAGCAGCUCUUUGAGGAGGAGGAGGAAGAUGACUCCUUUGACACAGACCACAGGAGUUGCUCCCUGUCCUACAACCGCCUGGAUGCUGAUUGAGGUCAGCUACCCCGGACCCUGGAAGGCGAGAGGCAGAACUGCUGGAGUCACCCUGCUUCCCUGACACCUGCGGUGCCCAAAGCCGUGUUUACAGGGGACAGCUGGUGUCGUCUGUGCCCAUCGCCUCUGAUCCCACCCCAAGCGGGGCUCCUGUGAGCCCUGCAGCAGAGCCGGGCUGGAAGGAGGACACGGGGAGCUGGCGCCCUCGUUUUCCCCAGGCAGUUCCAGCCAGGCUGAGGCACCAAACGUCAUCGCAGCUCUCGUUGGCAGAGGGUUGCAGGGGCUGGUCCUUGACCAUGAGGUCUGUGUUGCUGCCGCAAUGUAGGACACUGGUCUGGAGUUGAGCUGGACUGGAGCCACCCUGGCUUUUGGGGUGUGUGCUUGCGUGCCUCCUGCUGCACACCUCGGAGGGGCAGGGACCUCCUUCCCAGGCCUUGGCGCUGAGCUGCCUCCUGUGUGUGCUGAGCACCAUGCCCCUGCACUGUGGCUGGCGGGGGGGAGCCCCUCUCCCCCCACCUCGCUCUGCCAGGGCGUCUCCACCUUUCAGGGUGGGGAUGGAACAAAAGGUCCACCUCGCGUGCAGAUGCCUGCAGGAGACAUGUUCAUAAAGGAACUUUGGACCCAUCCUGCCGGUACCUGCGUGCUCAGCACCUGCGUGCUCAGCACCUGCCUGCUGCGAGGCUGCAGUGUGGGGCGAGCACACCGGGGGCAGCUGCUCCUCCUCCUCCUCGUGCUUACCAAAGGUGCCCGAGGGCUGCAGCUGCUGAGGCUGCGCCUCUGACUUGGCGUAAUCCCCUGCAGCUACCAAAAAUCCCCCAGCGCUUCCCAGGCAGAGCCCCAGCUCCGUGGACGGGGGGCUCCAUGUGCGUGUCAGAGCUGGGUGUGAGGCCCCGUGCCCCGCGGGUCGCCCCCAGCACCCCUCGCGGGUGCUGGCUCAGCCUCCCCUUCUCCCAGUGCGGACGUGCGCCCUGCCCAGCGGGGUGCUGGUGCUUCCGUGCCCUUUCCUCCUGGUGCCAGCCGGCACCGGGCGCCCGCGUGCUCCCGCAGCAGCACCUGGGAGUGCACCCACAAAGUGCCUGCGCCGGGGGGGUGCCGGAGCUGUUGCACUGCUGCUUUCAGCCCCGUCCCCACCACGCUCCUCUUGCGGCCAGCGCAGGGCAGGAGGCCUGGCAAAGAAGCCUGGAUGAAGCAGAGGUCUGGGGGGGGGGGGGGGGGGGGGGGGGGGGGGACGCCCAAAUCUAUGCAACUUCUUGUGGGAGUGUGGCCGUGGGGUUCGACAAGCCCCGUGGUUGGUGAUAACAUCGGACUCAACGAUGAGGCCAGGAGGAACGUAAGGUGUAUAGGAGGAACAAAGAAGGGUGAUUCAGGAGACGCCUUGCCGUUAAGGCAUGGAAGUUGCUGGGUGUUUGCUGUUGUCAGGCAAAGUUGUUGACCAAUGAAUAAUUAGUGAAAAAGUACUGCUGUAGAGCGAAUGGUGUGAGAAGGGAGCCUGUCCUCAAUAAGGGGAAGCCGAAGUUAUGUCAUUAAUAACGUAGUAGCAGUUACUGAUCCUAAAAGAGCCCUGGUAUCCGAGUGGUCUUUACGCCACAACUUCUUUGCAAUAAAACUGCCCUCCGGUAGCCUCACUGCCCUGGGCUGCUCCCCUACCCCUACCUUGCCGUGCUGCUGCCCCUGCUUAUGCUUUUGAUUUAUUUCUGGCCUAGGUUUGCUCUGCUCCAGCACUGAGCUUUACCCCCGCGUGAGCAGCCUCUGCUGAUGCCUCCCUCUGUCUCCUUGGUGUGCUUAAUGCAGGUUGGCGACCGAGUAUAUUUUUUUAAUAAAGGUAUGUUUUCUAGUUAA